AUGUCUUCGAUUGAUAAUCUUUUUGGUAAUGUUGAUUCCAAAAAUGUUGAAUCUAAUGUUAAUGAUAUCUUUAAUCAAAAGAGUAAUGCGGUCGAUACCGUCUCUAUCAAGACAAAAUUAAGAACUAUCCUACCAAGUAUUAAGAAAAAGAGAAAGAACACUGGGGAAGAAAAAGAGAAGGACCAAAAGAAAGAAGAUGACAAAGAAGAUAGUAGAGGGGAGGAACCAGUUCCAAAGAAACAAAAGAAAAAAGAUGGUGAAGGUGAUGACGAUUUGGAAGGUAAGUACUUCGCCAAGAUAAUGGAUGAUGAUAAGAAGGAUAAAGAUAAUGAGAAUGCUAGUGAUUCUGAUGAAAAGGCUACUAAGACUAAACAUGCAGAAAAGGCUAAGAAAGUGGAUUUGAAAGAAGAUGAGUUAGAAAAAGCUGAAAGAACUGUUUUUGUAGGUAAUGUAACAAACGAAGUCAUUACUUCUAAAGAUAAAUUCAAGUCAUUCAAGAAAUUAUUUAGUACAGAUCCAAACCCUAAGGAAGAUGAGGAGGACCAAGAUGAAGAAGAAAUUAAAAAUAAGAAGAAACUAUACGUUAUUGAAAGUGUUAGAUUUAGAUCUAUUUCUUUCAAGGAAGCUUUACCAAGAAAAGUUGCGUUCGCUCAGCAAAAAUUGCAUGACUCUAGAGAAGCAGUUAAUGCUUAUAUUGUCUAUAAGGAAAAAGAUUCUGUUAGACCAUUACUUAAGAAAUUGAACGCUACAGUCUUUGAAAACCGUCAUUUAAGAGUCGAUUCUGUUAUUCAUCCAGCCCCUCAUGACAAGCAACGUUCUAUCUUUGUUGGGAAUCUUGAUUUUGAAGAAGAUGAAGAAUCCUUGUGGAAACAUUUUGGUAACUGUGGAGAAAUUGAAUAUGUUCGUAUCAUCAGAGACUCCAUCACGAAUAUGGGUAAAGGUUUUGCUUAUGUUCAAUUUUAUGAAUUACAAAGUGUUAACAAAGCAUUAUUAUUAAAUGGUAAGCCAAUGAUCUCUGUCAAUGCUACUAAGAAUAAAAAGGGUAGAAAAUUACGUGUGACUAGAUGUAAGAAUAUGAGAAAAGAAAAGAAUGCCUCAGAUGCACGUCAUUCCAAGGGUAAAAAUUUUGAUAAAUUGAAUGAAUCUCAAAGGACAAAGAUGGGUAGAGCCGGUAGAGUUCUUGGUAAAGCCGAUAAAGCUACAUUAGGUAAACAAUUGACCAUUGAAGGUCUAAGAGCCACAAAGGGUGAGAAAGUAUCUCAUUUGAAAAGAAAGAAACAAAGAUCAAAGUCUGGUAGAGUCACUAAACGUUCUAUUGCAUACAAAAAGGCUCAAAAUGAAACCAGUGAGAAGUAA